AACAAAGUUAGAAAUAUCCCCCUCCAAAACCCUAGAACCUCUCUCCCCUCCCUCACUCUCUCUCUCUCGCUCUCGCUCUACCUUUCCUCUCAUCGCUCUCGCUGUUCGUAAGCACGGUCUCACUCUCUCCCUCUCUCUCUCUCUCUCUCCCUCUCUCUUCACAACAAUGGCGACGCCUUCUUUGGACGAAGAAACCUCGAAGAAAGUGCUGCGCCAGGUCGAGUUUUACUUCAGCGACAGCAAUCUUCCGAGGGACGAUUUUCUCAGUAAAACGAUUAGCGAAAGCGAAGAUGGACUGGUAAGCUUGGCUCUGAUAUGCUCGUUUACACGGAUGAGAAAUCAUCUCAAUUUGGGCGAUGUGAAGCCCGAUACUGUCCCCGAAGCUAGCGUAAAGGCCGUUGCCGAAACGCUUCGACAAUCUGCCACUCUAAAGCUUUCGGAAGACGGGACAAAGGUUGGUAGGGCUAAUGAAAUGCUGAAGCCGGAGGAGGUGAUAGAGCAGGUAGACAACAGAACAAUAGCUGCUUCGCCAUUUGCGUUUGAUGUGAAGCUUGAAGAUGUCGAAACUUUUUUUAGACAAUUUGCCAAGGUUAACAGUGUGAGGCUGCCUCGUCAUGUAGCUGACAAAAAGCUACUAUGUGGCACUGCUUUGGUUGAGUUUUCAACUGAGGAAGAAGCCAAUAAGAUUUUGGAGCAACCUUUGGAAUCCGCAGGUGUUAAGUUAGAAUUGAAGCCGAAGAAGGAUUUUGAUACCGAUAGAGAAAGAGAGGUAAAGGAAUAUGAGGCUCGACCUGUUACAAAUACAAAGGGCAAGAAUAGCACGAAAGCAGAGGCUGACUACCCUAAGGGUUUAAUUGUUGCAUUCACGUUAAAGAGCUUGUCUGGUAAUGGUCCUGCAGUGGUUAGUAGUAUGCCUGACAAUGCCAAUGAUAGUACAAAUGGUAGUGCUGAAGAAACAGAAAAGAAAGUGUCAGAAGAUGUUAACGGGGCGAAUGAAGAUGUAGAAGUUUCUGGAGAAGAUGUUAAGGAUAAUGUAAAUUCUGAUGAGAAGAAUAGUUUGGAUGAAGUGAAGGAAGCUGGAGAUGGGGAAAAGCCUUCUGAAGGUUCCGUUCCAAAGGGUGGAGAGAAGGAAGAAAGAUUGAAUGCUGCUGCAUACAAAGACAACAUGGAUGUUGUUUUGCGUGAGGAUUUGAAGGCUGUCUUUGAAAAGUUUGGCACCGUAAAGUACAUUGAUUUCAAGAUCGGAGAAGAAUCAGGAUACAUUCGGUUUGAAGAACCUGAAGCAGCUCAGAAAGCACGUGCGGCUGCAGUCUUGACCGAGCUAGGAGGUCUGGCUGUGAAGAAUUUCAUCGCUACUUUGGAACCAGUCAGCGGUGAGGCUGAAAAGGAGUACUGGAACCUCUUCCGUGGCAACCAAGAAAAGUUCCGCGAUAGUAAGAACCACCGCGGAGGAAGCAGGGGAGGCAAGCACCAUAGGGGUGGGUGGAAAGGCCGCUCAAGAGACGAUAAUUCCGGGGGUCGCCCGAAUAAAGUCCGCAGAUUUUGAUCCUCUUUCGGAUAAAUUUUGUGCAAUACCUUAUAGAGAUUAAUAGUAGCACAAUUGCUUUUUGAUAGAGCCCGGUCUCUAUUAGCUAUAAAAAGCAUGGUAUUUUUUGCAUCUUCGAACAUUAAUCUAGUUCUGGUACUUGUCCGUGUAACUCGAAUUAUAUAAUUUAAAGGUUGUUUUCCUAAUUUUAUCUUA